ACCACGACCACCGCCCGACGAUGAAAAUCGCAUCGUACCUGUACCGCCGCAAGUCAGCACUGCUCAAGGGCCUCGUGCUCGGCUGCACCGUCUGGCUGACGGUAACCGUGCUGCUCUUCAUGGAAGACAGGCGCAUCUCGCCCGCGUUCAACGACCAAUCCGCGGCCGGCUCGUACCAGCAACAGCAACCGAUCGCGGCCGCGCAGCGGCGUCUGUCCGACGACGUGGACGCCGACAACACGUUGCUGGACGACGAGUUCCCGCUGGAGGGCGGCGUKGAACAGCAACCGGCCGCUCCGGUGAUCGUCCAGCAACAGUCCGGCGCCGCUGGGCUCCAAAACGGCCAAGGGGUUCUGCCGCAGCCCAACAAGGGGGGAGACGAUGACGGGGAACGCGGCCGGAAAGUGUACGGCGAGAUGGGCAAACCGGUCGUGCUGCCCGCCAACCUKACGGCCGACGUCAAGAAGCUCGUCGACGAGGGCUGGAAGAACAACGCGUUCAACCAGUACGCUAGUGAUCUCAUAUCGCUGCACAGAUCGUUGCCCGAUCCAAGRGACGAAUGGUGCAAAAAACCAGGCAGGUAUUUGGACAACUUACCCCAGACAUCUGUGAUCGUGUGUUUUCACAACGAAGCAUGGUCAGUUUUGCUACGAACCGUACAUUCCAUACUGGAUAGAUCGCCGGAGCAUCUUAUUCGGGAAAUCAUUCUAGUCGACGACUUUUCUGAUAUGCCUCAUCUCAAAACUCAGCUUGAAGAGUACUCGGAAAACUAUCCAAAAAUUAAAAUCGUCCGCGCCAAAAAAAGAGAAGGACUUAUACGAGCCAGGCUGAUGGGUGCGAGGUACGCAUCCGCACCCGUUCUCACAUAUCUCGACUCGCAUUGCGAGUGUACCGAAGGAUGGCUUGAGCCAUUGUUGGAUCGGAUUGCUCGAGAAGCGUCGACCGUCGUGUGUCCGGUAAUCGACGUAAUCGAUGACUCUACGCUGGAGUUUCAUUACAGAGACGCUGGUGGCGUGAACGUCGGAGGAUUCGAUUGGAACUUGCAG